AAAUGAGUUACAUACAGGAUGCCAAUCUGUGGGUGUAUACGCAUCGUUUAGUUACUAAAAGACACUAGUCUGAUGCAUGGAAGUGGGUUUACCGACCGCCAGAAAAUUUAGUUAAGUUAUGAAAAGGAAUUAGUCAGUGGACUUAUGUCCUUUCAUAACCAAAUGAUUACAGCUAUUAAUCAGUGGACUUAUGUCCUUUUAUAACCAUAUAAUUGCAGCUAGUUACAAAGAGAAAACAAAUAGCAGUAUACUCUUCCGACCUCUUUGGCAGUAUCAUGCAGUGUUGCAUGCUGGUAUAUUCUGCUAUCAUUUGUUUUGUUGUGUACUUUCAGUUACUUUUGGUUUGUUUACUAGUAGAAAAUGAGUGAAAUGGAGUCUAAUAAGACUUGUGUGGAAAAUGAUUGUAACCAUUCCAUGAAACGUAAAAAAGGUGUGCGAAAUGUGGAAGAAUACAAAUGUCAAAGAAUUAAACGAGCUCGUCUGCAAGGAAAGGAGUAUGCAAACUACAGAGGGAAUGUUGUGAAAACUAAAAGUACUACCGAGUCGUGCAGAUGUGCAAGAAAAUGCUAUGACAAGAUUGACAUUGCACAGAGAGGGAAAUUACUUGAUGCUAUACAUUCCUUUUCAUGCAAGAAUGAGCAAGACAUCUAUCUUCAAGGUUUGCUUGACGCUGUGCCAAUUAAACAUCGCCGACCAAGGAAUGGUGACAAGUCUGGAAAAAGGUCAUUCUCCUUCACUUUCCAUGUAGUUAUUCAAGAACGAAGAGUGAAAGUGUGCAAGAAAGCAUUCAUUCAGUUAUAUGGAGUAUCUGCCAAGAGGGUAAGGAGACUGCAAACAUUGUUACUAUGUGGACAAACUCCAAAAGACAUGCGAGGCCAACAAAACAAUAGGAAGUCGGUGCCUGUUGGUGAUGUUCAGGCCAUCAAAGACCACAUAUCUUCAUUUCCUGUCAAGAUAAGCCACCAUGCAUCCAAAGAAUAUAAAUAUCUUGAUGCGCAGUUGGAUAUAAAGAAGAUGCAUACACUGUUCAAAGAGAAAUUUCCUGAUUGUAAAGUUAAGUAUUCUUUCUAUUACAAGAUUUUCAGGGAAAAUUUCAAUCUCCACUUUGGGAGACCACAGAUAGACACCUGUGGAGAAUGUGAACAACUGAAGGUCAAGAUAAAAAAUCCUAAUCUUAAUGAAUGUGCUAAGCGAGUUGCCAUGGCCGAGCUGGCCAUUCAUGAAAGAAGGAGUAACAAGUUUUACACAAGCAUGAAAGACACGAAACACAUUUGCAAAAACAAUGAUAGUGUGUUAGGGUUAACGUUUGAUUAUAUGCAGAACAUUUCACUGCCCUGCAUUCCAGUACAAGAGCUUUUUUACUAUCGCCAGCUUUCGGUGUUUCCCUUUGCCAUACAUAACCUGAAAACAGAUGAGGCGAGUUUAUUUUUAUAUCACGAAGGGCAGGCAAAUAAAGGGCCAAAUGAAACUUGCUCUUUUCUCCACAAAUACAUAAGUGACAACGUGCCUCCAUGUGUUAAAGAACUGCACCUUUACAGUGAUGCUUGCGGAGGGCAGAAUAAGAACAAUUGCAUGGUAAGAUUCUUGUUAUCACUUACUGACACCAACAGAUUUGACAUUAUUAUCCAUCGGUUUCCGAUACGUGGUCAUUCAUAUCUUGCUUGCGAUCGUGAUUUUGCACUGGUGAAACGUGUUCUUAAAAAGACUGAUAGAUACUAUGUACCCAUGGAGGUCUGCCAACUUAUUACAUCUGCAGGAGUUCCUGGAAAAUUCACAGUCAACAUGGUAACAUCUGAUGACGUGUUGGACUUCAAGAAUUGGUGGCCCAGCCAUUACAAAAAGACAUGCUUAUCAUUGGAAAGCCAGAGUAAAGCAGUUCCGCGAAGCCAGAAGCAAGACUUUGCUGUAUCAAGGUUUGUAGAGUUCCAGUACAACAGUCGCCAUAAAGGUACUGUAGUUGCUUCCGAAUUCAUUGGCGGCCUUGUGUCACAUACUUUUGUGCUUCGUCAAUCAUCCGACAAAAGUUUGAAUCCUACUAUUCCUGUUCAAAAGGCGUAUCCUGCGAAAAAUGUGCCAAUUAAUGCAAAGAAGAUUAUUGACUUAAAGAAGGUUCUCCGUUAUGUUCCAGGUGAACACAGAGACUUCUACGAUGAGAUUAUCCAGUGGCCUACCAAGCAAACAGACUGAGCUACCAUGCCAUUGUAACAGGCAUUGUUACAUAAUAACAUACAAAGUGUGAAGUUAUAUUAACACCUUUUGUACAUGUUUUCAAAACAAUGUGUAGUCUUACAUCACUGUUGUUUAAAGUGAAAUGAUGCUUUAGUACAUAACUUUUGUGGUGUUGUUUAAAGAGGGUAUGCCUGUGAUGUUAUGCAUUAUGUCAGUGAAAAUGGCGUAAAGUGUUCAAUAAUAUGGUGUACACGUUUACUGAACUAUAUCUAGGUUGAAUUACAUCAUUGUAUUUCGAUUGGAAUAUUUUAUUACAUAAGUUUUGUUGACUUGCAAGGUUAAGUUAUAAAAGGGCCUAAGUCUGUGAUAUUUAACAAUUUUUUUCUCGCAGGUAAUGAAACACUUGCAAAGCAUGCACUUGUCAAUGUAGUGACAUUUAGGUACAGAGUAGUAAAAAAAUAUUAAUUUUGAUGUAUGAAACUUAUAACAGAUAUGAUAUAGUUUUUUGCAUAUUCCCACAACUUUUAGUGAAUUGACUUAUGCCUUUUC